CUCUCCUCGCAUUAACUUCUCAUUUUCAAAACCCCUCUCCCCCCUUGGGGUCCCUUACCUUUCCUUUAUUUGCGUUAUACCCCUUCUUCUUCUUCUUCCCCCUCUAUCGGCCUCACUUUGAGUCCGGGUCAGACUGAUCAUGGCGUCAUCUGGCCCUAAUGGUCCCAACACCAUCAAGGUGGUUGCGAGAUUCCGACCGCAGAACAAAGUCGAACUUGCAUCCGGGGGUGAACCGAUCGUGGAAUUCGAAAAUGAACAAUCAUGUUACAUCAACUCCAAAGAAGGCUCUGGAGCCUUCACCUUUGACCAGGUGUUUCCCAUGGAUUCGAAGCAGCAGGAUGUCUUCAACUUCUCGAUCCGACCGACGGUGGACGACAUCCUGAACGGCUAUAACGGAACCGUCUUUGCGUACGGUCAGACGGGCGCGGGAAAGUCGUACACGAUGAUGGGUUCCGACAUUGACGACGACGUCGGCAAGGGUAUCAUUCCACGCAUCGUCGAGCAGAUCUUCGCCAGCAUUCUCACCAGUCCCAGCACUAUCGAGUACACGGUACGAGUUAGUUACAUGGAAAUUUACAUGGAGCGAAUUCGCGAUUUGCUGGUGCCGCAGAACGACAACUUGCCGGUUCACGAGGAGAAGUCUCGUGGUGUCUACGUCAAGGGCCUGCUGGAGGUCUAUGUGUCUAGCGUGCAGGAGGUGUACGAGGUGAUGCGCAGGGGUGGCGCGGCCAGAGCGGUCGCCGCAACGAACAUGAACCAGGAGUCAUCUCGGUCCCACUCGAUCUUCGUCAUCACUGUCACGCAGAAGAACCUGGAGACUGGAUCUGCCAAAAGUGGACAGCUCUUCUUAGUCGAUCUGGCAGGUAGUGAAAAGGUCGGCAAGACUGGUGCAAGUGGCCAAACUUUGGAGGAAGCAAAAAAAAUCAACAAGAGUUUAAGUGCUCUGGGUAUGGUUAUCAACGCGCUAACAGACGGCAAAUCGACGCACAUUCCCUACCGUGACUCCAAACUUACCCGAAUCUUGCAAGAGAGUCUGGGAGGUAACUCGCGAACCACCUUGAUCAUCAACUGCUCGCCCAGUAGCUACAACGAUGCGGAAACAAUCUCGACUCUGCGAUUCGGUGUGCGCGCCAAGGCUAUUAAGAACAAGGCGAAGGUGAAUGCGGAGCUCAGCCCUGCGGAGCUGAAGCAGCUUCUGCGGAAGGCCCAGAGUCAAGUCACCAACUUCGAAACCUACAUCUCGGCACUGGAAACGGAAGUUCACGUAUGGCGCAGUGGUGAAGCGGUGCCCAAGGAUCGUUGGACGCCUUCGAGAGGUUCGGAGCUGGUCAAUGCGGCAAAGGCUGAGGCUCGUGCCCCUCGACCAAGCACGCCUUCUCGUCUUCAGGACAUUCCUCGCUCAGAAACUCCUCGCCCAGACUCCAGACUAGGAGACCGCUCCAGCACGCCUAGCCUGGUUCUCGAGAAGGAUGAACGGGAAGAGUUCCUAAGACGAGAGAACGAGCUGCAGGAUCAGAUCGCGGAGAAGGAGUCUCACAUUGCCAGCAUCGAGCGGGGCCUGCGCGAGGCUCGGGAAGAACUGAAGAACAUGAAAGAAAACACCGCCCGCUCUGGCAAGGACAAUGAGAAGCUCACCACCGAGGUGAAUGAGCUUCGUAUGCAAUUGGAGAAGGUAUCAUACGAGAGCAAGGAGGCUUCCAUCACUAUGGACAGUCUUCGCGAAGCCAACUCGGAGUUGACCACCGAAUUGGAUGACGUGAAGCAGCAGUUGCUUGACGUACGGAUGAAGGCCAAGGAGACCAGUGCUGCUCUGGAUGAGAAGGAGAAGAAGAAGGCCGAGAAGAUGGCGAAGAUGAUGGCGGGAUUUGAUCUUGGCGGCGAUGUCUUCUCUGACAACGAACGAAAGCUUCAGGAACUGCUCUCACGUGUUGACGAACUCCACAAGAUCAGCGAAGCCGGCGAGACGAUUGCGCCCGACGACCUGCUGGAGCUGCGCACCAGUCUGCAGGAGACCCAGGGAUUCAUUCGCCAAGCUGAGCUUACGAUGAAUGACCGGGGCGAGCUAAGCGAGCUGCAGGACAGCCGCAGGGCGGAGCUCGAGCAGAAGCUGGCGGCUCUCGAGCGGGAAUACGAGACCCUUCUGGAGCGGAACCUGGGCGAGGAAGAUGUGGAGGAGAUCCGGGAGCGGCUGGAGAAGGUGUACGUCACACGCAAGGAUGCAGAGAUGCAGGCCGUUACGGAACUGCGCAGCGAGAUUGCACGCAAGGACGAGGAGUUGAGCAAGUUGCGGCAGUCCCUUGCUGACUCUCAGACACGCGUGUCGACGAACGGCGCGGCUGGCAAGAACCUGCAGCAACAGAUUGCCGACUUCGACGCCAUGAAGAAGUCACUGAUGCGGGAUCUGCAGAACCGCUGCGAGCGAGUGGUCGAGCUCGAGAUAUCGCUGGAUGAUGCUCGGGAGCAGUAUAACAACGUUCUCCGCUCCUCGAACAACCGGGCGCAGCAGAAGAAGAUGGCGUUCCUGGAGCGCAACCUCGAGCAGCUGACUCACGUGCAGCGCCAGUUGGUUGAGCAGAACAGCGGCCUGAAGAAGGAGGUUGCCAUCGCGGAGAGGAAGCUGAUCGCCCGCAACGAGCGGAUCGCCAGCUUGGAGAGCCUGCUCCAGGAGAGCCAGGAGAAACUCACCCAAGCUAAUCACCGCUUCGAAGCCCAACUCACGGCCGUCAAGGAGCGUCUCGAGGCCGCCAAACAGGGCUCGACCCGCGGUCUCCCCAGCAUGGAUGCCAGCGGCGGCUUCAACUUCAGCGGCUCGAGAAUCGCGAAACCUCUCCGAGGCGGUGGCGGAGGAAAUGAGAGCAGUGCUCCCGUAGCCGGCGCCCAGUCGCAGGAGACUGGUGGCAAGCGUACGAGCUGGUUCUUCGAUAGACGAUGAUUUUCACGAAUCUUCCUUCUUUGACUAUGUAUUAUCUUUCUUUCACUUCAAAUAUUUUUGAGUGUUUUCACCUCUCCUCGUAUUAUGCUUGGGAGAGAUGACUGGUCCCAACCAUUCUCCGUUCCUGUUCCUGUUCAUGACCCUGAGGCACGAGACCUGAAGCAUGGGUUUCAAUAUGAUGCUCGCUCAGAUAAACUUGUACUUCUUGCAUUGCCUUGCCUUGCCGUGGCUUAUCUCGGAGUUGAGGAUAUACGUGUGUUUCUGUCUGUUUAGACGGGAUCCCACAUCCCACAUCCCACCUACGCCCUUUCUUUUCCUUUGCUGUUUUCUCGCUGCCCCUCCAUAUUUAUAUCCAGUCUCCCCCUUCCCACAGCCCCAUCUCAGCCACAACCCCAAAUAAAGUAUUCAAGGAUAAAGCUUUUCCCGGUCCAGAUACCCUAUUGUACAUGAUGAUCAUUAAACAGAG